AUGACAGCAAGAAUGGCCUCCGAAAGCAAGAUCGACGACUUUGGCGAUGAGAAAUCGAAUCGUCACAGCCCAUCCAACGAUACUUUGAUGAAGGAAAAGAAUGAAUCUCCCGGUGAUGUCUCGUCUCCCAGCAGCACCUCCAUCAACGAGCGGAACAAAGAAGUCAACUGCCUUGCAAGAAGAUUCAGCGAGAUCUCAGGUUGGAAUGAGAUUCCUUCGAAUCCCCUCGAAGCUGCCAAGGGCACCGAGCUCGACCCGCUCUCACCCAACUUCAAAGCCAGGACAUGGGUCAAGAGCAUGCUGAAGUUCUCCAAGCAGGAUGGCAGAACUCCCAUGCGCACAGGCGGUGUGGCAUUCCGCAACCUCAGCGCUCAUGGAUUCGGUUUGGCCACGGACUACCAGAAGGAUGUCGGCAACAUCUGGCUGGACUCAAUCAGCAUCGUGAAGAAAUUGUUUGGAAUGGAAAAGUCUCGCCGCAUCGACAUUCUGCAAGACUUCGAAGGACUGCUUGAAUCUGGAGAGAUGCUCGUGGUCCUCGGCCCACCAGGUUCAGGCUGCUCCACCUUCCUCAAAACAUUGACGGGCGAGACCCAUGGAUUCCAAGUCGACAAAAACAGCUAUAUGAACUUCCAAGGCAUACCGGCGGGGGAAAUGCACAGCGUGUUCCGAGGCGAGGCAAUAUACACCGCCGAAGUCGACAUCCACUUCCCUCAAUUGACCGUGGGCGAGACUCUCACCUUUGCUGCUCGCGCUCGCACUCCACGAUUCAUUCCUGGCGAUGUCGAGCGCAAUGUAUAUGCUGAGCAUAUGCGCGAUGUUGUGAUGGCCAUGUACGGCAUAUCCCACACGAUCAACACCAGAGUCGGUAAUGACUACCUCCGAGGUGUGAGUGGGGGUGAACGGAAGCGUGUCACUAUCGCCGAGGCGUCUCUGAGUGGAGCCGCUCUCCAAGCAUGGGACAACUCCACCAGAGGUCUCGACUCGGCCAAUGCUGUCGAGUUUUGCAAAUCAGUCCGCCUUGGGUGCGAACUCGGAGGUUCUGCGGCCAUGGUCGCCAUUUAUCAAGCCCCGCGAGCUGCAUAUGAGCAAUUCGACAAAGUGAUUGUGCUCUACGAGGGCCGACAAAUCUACUUCGGUAACAUUCACGCGGGCAAGACGUACUUUGAAGAUCUGGGAUUUCAGUGUCCCGACAGACAAACAACGCCCGACUUCCUGACCUCCAUGACAUCCGCCGUUGAGCGUGUCGUCAAGCCUGGAUGGGAAGACAAAGUGCCGCGCUCACCGGACGAGUUCGCUGCCGCCUGGAAGGCCAGUCCGACUCGCCAAAAACUCAUCCAAGACAUCGAAGACUACGAACGACGGUUCCCAUUCAAAGGAGAAGCGUACCAACAAUUCGUCGACAGUCGCAAAGCUCAAAAGGCGAAGUCACACCGGUUCAAGUCGCCAUAUACCAUCUCCUACCUGCAACAGUGCCAAGUCUGCCUGUGGCGUGGAUAUCGACGACUGUGCGCCGAUCCUGAGCUGCUCUACACCUCCCUCUUUAUGAACUCGAUCCUCGCUCUCAUUGUCGGAACCCUCUUCUACAACCUCAAGCUCACCACAGCUUCCUUCUACCAGCGUGGCGCCGUCAUUUUCUUCGGGACCAUGAUGAACGCGUUUGGAAGCUCUCUCGAGAUUCUCACCCUAUACCAUCAACGACCCAUCGUUGAGAAGCAUGAACGCUAUGCGCUGUACCAUCCAUCCGCGGAGGCAGUGGCAUCGAUGAUCAUGGACCUCCCUUACAAGAUUAGCAAUUGCAUCAUCUUCAACACCGUACUCUACUUUAUGGUCAACCUUCGACGAGAACCCGGCGCUUUCUUCUUUUUCAUCUUCCUGGCCUUCAUUACCACGCUUACGAUGAGCAUGAUGUUUCGGACUAUCGCCUCAUGCUCGCGAACGCUCUCACAGGCCAUGACGCCUUCUGCGCUCAUCUUGCUCUGGCUACUCAUCUUCACCGGUUUCGCGAUCCCCGUGGACUACAUGCUUGGUUGGUGUCGCUGGCUGAACUACAUCGACCCGGUAGCCUACGCAUUCGAGUCGCUCAUGAUCAACGAGUUCAGUGGACGCAACUACGCCUGUAAGAGUGACGAUCUGGUCCCCUCAUAUGGAACCCUCGCCGCGCAGUCUCAAGUAUGCAAUGCGGUCGGUGCCGUCGCCGGACGGGAUUACGUCGAAGGCGAGGCCUACAUCAACAGCGCCUACAGUUACUACCGCUCCCAUAAGUGGCGCAACAUCGGCAUCAUAUUCGCGUUCAUGGUCGGAUUUUUGACCGUCUAUCUCGUUGCCUCCGAGAACAUCCGGGCGAAGAAGUCCAAAGGUGAAGUCUUACUCUUCCAGAAGGGUCGUAUCCCUGCUGCGUUGAAGGAGAAGUCUCAAGAUGAGGAGAUGUCGGAGGUCAAUCGAGUGUCUUCCGUCAUGUGUCGCCAGAUGAGCAAUGUGGAGGCCACUGAUGUAAUUUUACGUCAGACUGCGGUGUUCAGUUGGAGGAAUGUCUGCUACGAUAUCAAGAUCAAAGGCGAAGAGCGUCGUAUUCUAGACAACGUUGAUGGGUGGGUCAAACCCGGUACCCUCACUGCGCUAAUGGGCGUUUCUGGCGCUGGCAAAACAACACUUCUCGACGUCCUAGCCACACGUGUCACGAUGGGCGUUAUCAGCGGCGAAAUGCUAGUCGACGGCCGCGAACGUGACAACUCCUUCCAACGUAAGACCGGUUAUGUGCAACAGCAAGACCUGCACCUCGCCACCAGCACUGUGCGCGAAGCUCUUAACUUUAGUGCCCUCCUCCGGCAACCCGCGAGUGUAUCGCGCCAGGAGAAGCUCGACUAUGUCGACGAAGUUAUUAAACUCCUGGACAUGCAAGAGUAUGCCGACGCCGUGGUUGGCGUGCCAGGCGAAGGCCUAAAUGUCGAACAACGCAAGCGAUUGACCGUAGGAGUCGAGCUGGCCGCCAAACCUCAGCUACUUCUCUUCCUGGACGAGCCUACCUCUGGCCUCGACUCGCAGACGAGUUGGGCUAUCUGCGACCUUAUGGAGAAACUCAAGAACUCCGGCCAGGCCAUCCUGUGCACUAUCCACCAGCCCUCGGCUAUGCUCUUCCAGCGCUUCAACCGCCUCCUGUUUCUCGCCAAGGGCGGCAAGACCGUUUACUUCGGCGAAGUCGGCCCCGGCGCAAAGAUCCUCUCGACCUAUUUUGAGCGAAACGGAGGACAUCCCUGCCCACCUGAUGCCAAUCCUGCCGAAUGGAUGCUGGAAGUCAUUGGUGCCGCGCCUGGGUCACGCACCGACAUUGACUGGCAUCAGGUCUGGCGUGCCAGUCCAGAGUACGCCGCGACGCAGCGUGAACUGGACCAUCUCAAAGACAACGGCGCCCUCGUCCGCCAACCCUCGAUGGUCGAAAGCGAUAAUGAAAGCUUCAAUGCCUUCGCCGCUGGAUUUUGGUCGCAGUUGCGGGAAGUCCUCGUCCGCGUGGCUCUCCAAUACUGGCGCACUCCGUCUUACAUCUACGCCAAACUCUCCCUCUGUACCCUCGCGGGUCUGUUCAUCGGGUUUAUCUUUUACAAAGCGCCAUUGACCCACCAAGGGUUGACGAAUCAAAUGCUUUCCAUCUUCAUGAUAUUCACCCUCUUCAGCAACGUAUCUCAGCAAAUCAUGCCACACUUCGUCCUCCAACGCUCCCUGUACGAAGCCCGCGAACGACCCUCGAAGACUUACUCCUGGCAAGUCUUCCUAAUCUCCAACAUCCUCAUCGAACUCCCGUGGAACGCUUUCGCAGGCCUACUGUUCUUCCUGUGCUACUACUAUCCCAUCGGUCUAUACGCCAACGCCAGCCCAACCGACAGCGUCGCGGAGCGCGGAGGCUAUUUCUUCCUGAUGAUACUCGCCUUCUUCCUCUUCACGAGCACCUUCACAAACUUAAUGAUCGCCGGGAUGGACAGCGCGGAAACGUCGGGAAAUAUCGCGACCCUACUGUUCUCGCUUUGUUUGAUCUUCAACGGCAUCCUGGCCUCCCCGAAGACUAUGCCCAAGUUUUGGCUGUUCCUGUAUCGGGUUAGUCCAUUUACGUACAUUACGGGUGGGCUGAUGUCCGCCGGACUCAUGGACCAGACCACCCACUGCGCGGCCAAUGAGUUUGUCACAUUCCAACCGGACGGCGGCGAGGGCGGUGGCACGACAUGUGGAACAUACAUGGACCCGUACAUUUCCGGCGCGAAUGGGACCGUGGGAAAAGGCGGGUAUAUCUUGAACCCGAGUGCAGACGCGGAUUGCAAGUACUGCUCGUUCAACACCACGAACCACUUCCUCAAGCUGGUUAGUAUUGAUCCAGCGGAUCGAUGGAGAGAUCUGGGGAUUACCUGGGUGUACAUCUUGGUCAAUGUCGCUGGGGCUGUGGCACUUUACUGGCUGUUUCGGGUGCCGAAGGGCUCGAAGAAGAAAGCGGAGAAGAAGGAGAAGACAGGAUGA